AUGGCAAGCAUGUUGCUUCCUCCAGGCUUUCGCUUUCAUCCUACUGAUGUUGAGCUGGUUAUGUACUACCUUAAAAGGAAGGUAAUGGGAAAGAAGCUCCAUUUUGAAGUCAUCUCGGAGCUCAACAUUAACAAAUUCUUUCCAUGGGAGCUCCCAGAUAAAUCAUGUCUGAGAAGUAAGGAUCGCGAGUGGUACUUCUUUUGCCCUAGAGAGAGGAAGUAUGCAAGUGGGUCGAGAAUGAAUCGUGCAACUGAAAAUGGAUAUUGGAAAGCCACCGGACAAGAUAAACAAGUUCUUUACAACGAGCAAACUGUGGGAAAGGUUAAAACUUUGAUUUUUCACAAAGGACAUGCUCCACGAGGAGAAAGAACAAAUUGGGUUAUACAUGAAUAUAGACUUGAAGACAAAAUACUGGCUGAUGCAGCCAUUGUUCAGGAUGCAUAUGUGCUCUGUAAAGUUUUCAAGAAGAAUCGUCUGGGACCAAACAAUGGUGCGCAAUAUGGAGCACCAUUUAAUGAGGAAGAAUGGAAUGAUGAUGAAGACAUCAGUGCGGAAUCUUUACUAUCUGAUGGAUCUACCCUUUUGGUGCCUGAUAAACAGAAGAAUGCUGUGGUGACGAGCACAAUUGUUCCUGGAAGUACAUAUAGCUGGUCAUUAUCCGAACCAGGUCCAUCUUCAGCUGUGCCUUCUGCUACAAAGGUUCCGGUAGAGGUCCCAGAUGAUGAUUAUAUUGAUUCAUGGUUGGCAAUGUUCACAGAAGAUAGUGUUCCUAUUGAGAAUGACAAUAACGAAGUGAGUAACAUGCUAUUUGUUUUGGACCAGUUGAAUUGA